AUGCCUCCUACACGUAAGGGAAGAAAGACCAACUCGAGCUUGACAGCGCCUGCCACUGGUAUGCCGUCUGACGAGCGCUUCUCGGCUCACCAGCUGAAAGUCAUCGACAUUUGCCUCCGCCAGACUGGAUUCGACCUUCGAGGCUUUGCUUGCGGCCCCGUUGCUGAAGGCGAAUGGGAUGCUCUCAAGCUCCUCCACCUCGAUUUUACACUUCCAACCAUUAAUCCUAGCUUGACCACGACUGCCUCCCGUCUUUCCGCCAUCAUCCAUGCUGCUGCUCAGUGUCUCGAAAGCUCUGACUACACCACUCGUGAUGGGGCAUUCUGGAAGGAAGUGAAGAACCUGCUAUCCGACGACAGCACCUUCCAAGCGGCUCCAAUCUCCGACUUUGUCAAAUUCGACAAUCUUCUCUACCGAUUUUACUCGGCAUGGGAGGAUAUCAUGGAACUCAAUGGCACCGCUGUCAAAGCCAAGGCCUCCUCCAAGGACGAACUCCUCGCGGCGACAGAUGAGUACAUUCGGCAGACAGUACGUGGCAAAAAGAACAGCAUAUCAUUCGCCAGGCGUCAUUUUAAGGCCGGAUACCGUGCUCAUUACAAGCCUGAGUUGGAAGAGACUUACUCAGAAGCAUAUCGCAAGGGAAAGCGCGAGGGUGAGAGUGAGUACAAGACCAAGCUCAAAGAGAUGAAGGCACAGAUACGCAAGGAAGAAGCCAACUUGUUCGUACUGAAUAGGGCGACAAUGGAUCGAAAUCGUCAGGUGGCACAUGAGAACAAGUCCAUCACAAAGGAGGUUGAGGAUCUGCAAGCGGAGAAUUCUGAGCUUCGCAGAAUCAACAAAGAGCUCGGUGACCUACUUGGGGCAUCACAGCAGAAAGCAGCACCCUACAGAUCAGAAGGAAGCACUGAGGAGAGAUCGAAUGGAUUUGUCUUUGGUGAAGUGGUCGAUCUCUUUGAUUAA